GCGAACCCGGAGGCUCGAAGGAGCGAGCCUGGGCGGGGUUCCGACAGGGGCUGCCCCCGGGCGCGACCCCGGAGAAGAGCGCCCGGCUAAGCACAUCGUGCUGUCUCCGAGUCCGUGACCCGAGAGGGGGGCGAGCGCUUUCCCCCGUGGGGUGGCGCAGACUGAGAUCUCCCGUGGACCGGAGCGAGGGGCUCGGCCCUGCGUCCAGAUGACCCUCCUGCCCAUGGCAUCCGCGGUGGCGGUGACCGAGCCCAGGUGGGUCUCCGUGUGCGGCCGCCACCUGUGGCUGCUGCUGUUCAGCAUGGCGCUGGGGUCCCUGGUGGCCCUGCUCCUGCCGCUGGGGGCCAUGGAGGAGCAGUGCCUGGCCCUGAUCAAAGGCUUCUCCCUGCUCCGGAGCAAGCUGGACAGAGCACAGCACGCCGCCGCCGCCAAGUGUCCCGGCCCGUCCACGGAGCUCAGCAUCACCUCCCGGGACGCAGCCCCGCACACGGUGCGAACCAAGGCCUCGCCAGCCGCUAAGCUGGAGGCCAGAGCCGCCCUGAACCAGGCCCUGGAGAUGAAGCGCCAGGGCAAGCGGGAGAAGGCCCACAGGCUCUUCCUGCACGCCCUCAGGAUGGACCCCGACUUCGUGGACGCGCUCACCGAGUUCGGCCUCUUCUCGGAGGAGGACAAGGACAUCGUGCAGGCGGACUACCUGUACACGCGGGCGCUGACCCUCGCGCCCCACCACCAGAAGGCCCUGGUGAGCCGGGACCGGACGCUGCCGCUGGUGGAGGAGAUCGACCAGCGCUACUUCGGCAUCAUCGACAGCAAAGUGAAGAAGAUCCUGUCCAUCCCCAAGGGCAACUCGGCACUGCGCCGGGUCAUGGAGGAGACCUACUACCACCACAUCUACCACACGGUGGCCAUCGAGGGCAACACCCUCACCCUGUCGGAGAUCCGGCACAUCCUGGAGACGCGCUACGCCGUGCCCGGCAAGAGCCUGGAGGAGCAGAACGAGGUCCUGGGCAUGCACGCGGCCAUGAAGUACGUCAACACCACGCUGGUGUCCCGCGUCGGCUCCGUCACCACAGGCGACCUCCUGGAGAUCCACCGGCGGGUGCUGGGCUACGUGGACCCCGUGGAGGCCGGCCGGUUCCGGAGGACCCAGGUCCUGGUGGGCCACCACCUCCCCCCGCCCCCGCAGGACGUGGCCCGGCAGACGGACGAGUUCGUGCAGUGGCUCAACUCGGAGGACGCCAUGAACCUGCACCCGGUGGAGUUCGCUGCCCUGGCCCACUACAAGCUCGUCUACAUCCACCCGUUCAUCGACGGCAACGGCAGGACGUCGCGCCUGCUCAUGAACCUCAUCCUCAUGCAGGCGGGCUACCCGCCCAUCACCAUCCGCAAGGAGCAGCGGGCCGAGUACUACCACGUCCUGGAGGCCGCCAACGAGGGCGACGUGCGGCCCUUCAUCCGCUUCAUCGCCAAGUGCACCGAGACGACGCUGGACACUCUGCUCUUCGCCACCACCGAGUACUCGGUGGCACUGCCCGAGGCCAGGCCCAACCACUCCGGCUUCAAGGAGACGCUGCCCGUGAAGCCCUAGCCUGGGACGGGAGGGUGGGGGGGCGGGGGGCCAAAACAAAACAAAACAAAACAUCGCAUUUCUAGAAGCUUCACCAUCUCCCGAAGCGAAAGGAGGUGGCUGAGAGGCUUCAACUUCCUUUACCUCCACUUUUUUUUUUUGGGGGAGUUGAAAAUACUAAAUUAUUAUUAAGUUUUAUCUCUAAGAUAACACCAUUUAGCCCAGUUAUUUAUUUCCCUUUUUGUGCUAGUGAGUCUCGUGUAGCAGCCGCUGGCCGCGCUGUGGGCCCCACCCCGUGGGCCUGCAGGCCGCAGGGGGCCAGCCAGCAGUGUUUCUCGUGUGGCGGGAACACGGGUCCCGAAGCAGAAUUUGCACGAAGGUGUGUGUGUGUGUGGGGGGGGGUGCUCCGCCUUUCUCUGGGCCGGGCAGGGCCAGGCUCUAGGGUGGCACGCAGAAGGCCCGGCCUCCUGAGGAGCCCCGAGUCCCAGUCCAAGGAGUGAAAAGUUGUGUCAUGAGGGUUUGCUUCCCGCCACAGACCUUCCGGUUGUGGCCAAGUUCUUCCUCACAGCACAUCUCUGAGGUGUGAGAUAAACGCUGACCCGAGUUUCUAAAUAAGAACCUUGCUUAUUUUCUUUCGUUUUUGGGUCACACCCAGCGAUGCACAGGGGUCACUCCUGGCUCAUGCACUCAGGAAUUACUCCUGGCGGUGCUCAGGGGACCAUAUGGGAUGCUGGGAAUCGAACCCAGGUCGGCCGCGUGCAAGGCAAACGCCCUCCCCGCUGUGCUAUCACUCCAGCCCCAGAACCUUAAUUUUUUUUUUUUUUUUUUGCUUUUUGGGUCACACCCGGCAAUGCACAGGGGUCAUUCCUGGCUCAUGCACUCAGGAAUCACCCCUGGCAGUGCUCAGGGGACCACAUGGGAUGCUGGGAAUCGAACCCGGGUCGGUCGCGUGCAAGGCAAACGCCCUCCCCGCUGUGCUAUCACUCCAGCCCCUAACCUUGCUUAUUUUCAAGAAUCUUUGAGCCCUUGUCAGUUUGAAACUCUAGUGCCAGAGGCUGUUUUUACUGUCCAGUCCAAUUUUUCUCCUCUUUGGGUCAGCCUGUUUUUCCUUUUUUUUUUUUCAGACCACACCUGGUGGUGCUCAAGUCUUACUCCUGACUGCAUUUGGGGGUCACUUCACUCCUGGUGGUACUCAGACCACAGAUGGUGUCGGGAAUUGAACCCGGGCCAGCCGCAUGCGAGGCAAGUGCCCUAGCCCAACCAGGCUAGUUUUUAUCAUGUUUUUAUAUUUCACUGGCAACAAUGCACACCAGGUAUUUCAGUGCAAAAGUUCUGGUUUAUUUAUCAACCACAGCACAUCCGCUGCAACUAUCGUGUGAGCGGGUGGGGUCACCUGCCCGUGGAAGUGGGACACGGCCAGGUCGAUGCUCAGGAACAUACCUGAGAAAGCAGCCAAGAACUAAGCAUCUCUGAUACUGAUUUCAGUAACAGCUUCUGCUGAACCAUGAAAAAAAAAAAAAAAAAACACCUUUGUCCACUGCCAGGACAGACCCUCUCCCCUCCCCGCUAGCCACUGUACGGUUUCGGCAGAACUGGGUGGCCGUACUGUCCUAGCAACUUGUCAGACUGGUAAAAUCGCACAGCCACAUGGGUUGGGAGCAGAAGCGUCUCUCUUAAGCCCACAUGGGGAGGGCAUUGCCAACGUGACUACUACUAGUCAGAAUGGCCCGGUUGCUGGGUUCUGAUCCCAGCCCCGGGGCCCGUGUCCAACACAGGCGACCUGCACUUAUGUUAGUGUCGGAUUGAGCGUACAGAGUCGUCUCGAACCUGAGAAUUCAGACCCGGACGGGAAGCCUGGAGGUCGCCGUGCUGAUACACUUAACCACACAAUAAGCAGGUUCAGGUUUCUGAAAGCUUUAAAAAAAAAAGCCAGAGAGGGGCCAGAGAUAGUACAAGGGUUAGGGCACCUGCUUUGCAUGUGGCCAAGCCCUGUUCCACCUCCACACCACGUCUGGUCCCAAGAGAGACGUGAUCACUUAGCACAGCUGGGUGUGGCCCCAAAACGAAGAUCAGGGAGAAGCUUUCGUGAAGAGAUGAAGUGGCCCAAACCCUGAUCAAAAAUUUCGUCCUUGUUACUGCCAUAAGGUGUUUCCUCAGUCUUUAUAAGCACGCCAGGAGGCUGCCAGAGCUGGUUUUAUACUUUGGCCAUUUGCACUUUAACUGUAUGUGAAGGAUAUUAUUUUAACAAAUGACUAAUAAAGUAUUUUAUUACAUCAA